GGUGAACCCGCUGGGCAGGGGACGCGGACCCUCGCGCGUGGGUGCCCUCUCGGCUCCUCCUGGCCCCUCUCCAAAGUUGUACCCAGUAUCUGGGGUAGGGGGAGACGGAUAGGCUCACCUGCUGGAAGUGUUUACUCGGGCGAAAGAGCGAGUCAUUGGCCAGCCACUCCCCCCUGCUGGACAUGCCGGCCGACCUCGGGGUCCCCCGGGACUGCGACUGUCCCUGAAGCUGCCCCAAGCGUCUUCCGAGUCCUAGGACUCAGGGAUGUGCUAAGGCCACUACCCUCUCCUCCGGCCCUUUUAAUUCGGGCAGAAGAGGGCUACUGAGAAUCAAGACCCAAACUUUGUUUGACACAGUAAAACUGACUUUCCAGGGCUUUUUAAAACUCCUCUUGCGCACGCGGUUAAUGGUGGGUUCCUGAGGACGCCUCCGGGGAGCAGGGCUGGACCGGCCGGCCCGCGAGUGGGGCGCGCAGUGGCCCCGGGGCACAGGGACAGCCUUCUGGAGCUGUCCUCUUGGGCCGGAGUCGGGCCCAGCUCGCGCAUAACGGCCCAGGACAGUCCGGGCGCGCUGGCUCCUACUCUCGUGGGUGGCCGCGGUGGGAGGCGCGGGAGUCCCUGCGCUCGGCCGGGCUCCAUGUUCCCGACCCACUCCGGCCCGGGGAAGCUCUGGCCGGUGGCCCGGCAGAGGGCGCCCGCUCUCGAUCGCCGCGCCGGCCGGAGGAGGGAGGGCACUCGAGUGAGGCUCCAGGUGAGGAGCUGUGAAUCAUCCCGGGAGGGGGACCCGGUCCUCGUUCUGGGAAAGCAGCCAGGGAGUGGCCGCGGCGCUGUCGAGAGUCCGGGCUGCCCAGCGGCUGUUGGGCCGGGAGCGGCAGCUGUGCCCCGGGAGGUCUGGGGGAAGCUCGGAAAGAAGGAAGAAUUCGAGUAGGUGAGCUGGAAGACUGGGAGAACUGAGACAGGAAGAUUUUGAGGUCAUUCUCCGUCUGAAGCUAUGAUUUAAACAUCAGCAUUACGAUUUGAACAAGAAAAACUUAAGCCUUGUUGGAUUCCCGUGUCAAAGAAAAGUUCCAAGCUUUCAGAAAGAGUUCUUGCUUGAAGACAAAGAACAGCUUGCUAACCACAAAAGAAGGAUCGAUGCUCAGCUUUUAGCUGCCCUUCCUAAAGUUGCAGAAUUAAGAAAAAUCUUUGAACCAAAGAGGAAAGAAUUUUUAGAAAUGAAAAGAAAAGAAAGAAUUGCGCGGCGCUUAGAAGGAAUUGAAACCGACACGCAGCCCAUCCUCUUGCAGAGCUGCACGGGCUUGGUGACUCAUCGCCUGCUGGAGGAGGACACGCCCAGAUACACGCGUGCCACAGACCCGGCCAGCCCGCACAUUGGUCGAUCAAAUGAAGAAGAAGAAACUUCAGAUUCUUCACUAGAAAAGCAGACUCGAUCCAAACAGUGCACAGAAACCUCAGGCAUCCAUGCUGACUCCCCCUACAGUUCAGGCAUCAUGGACACCCAGAGCCUCGAGUCCAAAGCCGAAAGAAUCGCCAGGUACAAAGCAGAGAGAAGACGGCAGCUGGCAGAAAAGUAUGGGCUCACCCUGGAUCCGGAAGCGGACUCUGAAACUCCAUCUCGAUACAGCAGGUCCAGAAAGGACCCUGAGGCUGCGGAGAAAAGGGGGGGAAGAAGCGAGCGAUCGGCCGAGUCCAGCAGAGACUCCGGCUCGUCCUACUCCAGGACUGAGCUCUCGGGGCUCAGGACCUGCGUGGCUGAGUCCAAGGACUAUGGCCUGCACCGGAGCGACGGUGUUUCCGACACAGAGGUGCUGCUCAACGCAGAAAACCAAAGACGCGGUCAAGAGCCCAGUGCCACUGGGCUGGCCCGAGACCUGCCCCUUGCAGGGGAGGUCUCCUCUUCCUUCUCAUUCUCUGGGCGAGACUCUGCCCUCGGUGAAGUGCCAAGGUCUCCAAAGCCAGUGCACAGCCUGCCCAGUCCAUCGCCUGGGCAGCCGGCCUCCCCAAGCCACUCCACCAGUGACCUGCCACUCCCUGCGGAGGCUCGAGCCAGUACCGGGAAACCCAAACAUGAGUGGUUUCUCCAGAAAGAUUCCGAAGGGGACACACCUUCACUUAUCAACUGGCCGUCCAGAGUUAAAGUUAGAGAAAAAUUGGUGCGAGAGGAGAGCGCUCGCAGCAGCCCUGAACUUGCCUCCGAGUCCUUAACUCAGAGGAGACACCAGACGGCACCAGGCCAUUACCUGGCCUUUCAGUCAGAGAACUCGGCCUUCGAUAGGGUCUCGGGCAAGGUGGCCAGCUCCGCAAGACAGCCCAUCCGUGGCUACGUCCAGCCAGCAGAGCCUGUCCACACCAUCACGCUGGUGACCUCAGACACCCCAGAAAGCAUCUCCGAGGGCAGCUGGGUGGGCCCAGCCCCCCAGACUGUCACAAAGCCUCCCCCCUCAAAGGGUCUAGAAGGUGAAAGAAGAGACACCCCGGUUCUCCAUAUUUGCGAAUCCAAAGCAGAAGAUGUGCUCUUCUCUGAUGCUCUGGAGAAAAGCAGGAAGACCCUUGCAGUUUUGGAGGAUCGUGGGUCUGGGAGAAGCCAGGAAGCCCCCCCUGGAACUGAAGACUUGAGUCAGCCUGCUGUUGGCAUAGUUACCGCAGAACCUCAGAAGGAAUCAGAAAGCCUGGCCCGCCCGCCUACGGCUCAGCAGCAGCCCAUUGAGAGGAUGGGCAGGAGUGAGAUGGUCAUGUAUGUUCAGAGCGAGGCUGUGUCCCAAGGUCACAGGAAGGAGGUGCCCACGAGGAAACACAGGGUCCUCACCCGCUCCCUGUCCGACUACACGGGCCCUCCGCAGCUCCAGGCUCUGAAGGCCAAGGCCCCGGCUCCCAAGCGAGAUGCCGAGUCACAGACGUCCAAGGCCGAGUUGGAACUGGGCCUGCUGGACACGAAGGUCUCGGUCGCCCAGCUCCGCAAUGCGUUCCUGGAGUCAGCCAGGGCCAGCAGGAAACCCGAGCUCCAUUCUCGGGUUGAGGGGUCAAGCGAAGGCCCUGGUGUGGAGCGGGAGAGAGGGUCCCGGAAACCAAGGCGCUAUUUUUCUCCUGGUGAAAAUAGAAAGACUUCCGAGAGAUUUAGAACUCAACCCAUAACCUCGGCAGAACGAAAGGAAUCGGAUAGGUCAACUUCAAAUUCAGAAAUGCCAGCUGCCGAGGAUGAAGAAAAGGUCGAUGAGCGAGCAAGGCUGAGCGUCGCUGCUAAGAGGCUGCUCUUCAGGGAGAUGGAGAAGUCGUUUGACGAGAAGAGCGUCCCAAAGCGCCGCUCCCGCAAUGCGGCUGUGGAGCAGAGGCUGCGGCGCCUCCAGGACCGGUCCCACACGCAGCCCGUCACCACCGAGGAGGUGGUCAUUGCAGCCACUGAACCUACCCCCGCUUCGUGCUCAGUGGCCACCCACCCUGUAAUGACAAGACAUCCUAGCCCCACUGUAGCUAAGAGUCCCGUGCAGCCUGCCAGAUUGCAGGCGUCUGCUCACCAAAAGGCAUUAGCCAGAGACCAGACAAACGAGAGCAAAGAUUCUGCUGAGCAGGGAGAACCUGACUCCUCCACUCUGAGCUUAGCGGAGAAGCUGGCCUUGUUUAACAAACUAUCCCAGCCGGUCUCAAAAGCCAUUUCAACACGGAACAGAUUAGACAUGAGACAGAGGAGGAUGAAUGCUCGUUAUCAAACCCAGCCGGUCACGCUUGGAGAGGUGGAACAGGUGCAGAGUGGCAAGCUCAUGGCUUUCUCUCCCACCAUUAACACGUCCGUGUCCACCGUGGCAUCUACCGUGCCCCCCAUGUACGCAGGGAAUCUUCGGACAAAGCCACUUCCAGAUGAUAGCUUUGGUGCCACUGAGCAGAAGUUUGCUUCUUCGCUAGAAACCUCCGACUCCCCAGUUAGAAGCAUCCUGAAAUCCCAAGGCUGGCAGCCCUCGGUCGAGGGUGCUGGGAGCAAAGCAAUGUUGAGAGAAUUUGAAGAGACAGAACGCAAGGGAGGCCUGACAGGUGGAGAUGGCGGAGUUACAAAGUAUGGGUCCUUCGAGGAAGCAGAGCUGUCCUACCCCGUCCUCAGCAGAGUCCGGGAGGGAGACAACUAUAAAGAGCCCAUCUAUGCCCUUCCGAGGAAAGGAAGCCUGGAGCUCGUCCAUCCUCCCAUCGCCCAGCUUGGUGAUGAGCUGAAGGAAUUUUCCACCCCAAAGAGCACCAUGCAGGCAAGCCCAGACUGGAAGGAGAGGCAGCUCUUUGAAGAGAAGGUGGACUUGGAGAAUGUCACAAAGAGGAAGUUUUCGCUGAAAGCGGCGGAGUUCGGGGAACCCACUUCUGAGCAGACCAGCGCGGCUGCUGGGAAACCGGCUGCUCCGACUGCAACCCCGGUGUCCUGGAAGCCGCAGGAUCCCUCCGAACAGCCUCAGGAGAAGCGGUAUCAGAGCCCGUGUGCGAUGUUUGCUGCUGGAGAGAUCAAAGCCCCGGCGGUGGAGGGCAGCCUCGACUCCCCCAGCAAAACCAUGUCCAUUAAAGAAAGAUUAGCACUGUUGAAGAAGAGCGGUGAGGAAGACUGGAGAAACAGACUCAACAGAAAGCAGGAAUACGGCAAAGCCUCCAUCACCAGCAGCCUGCACAUCCAAGAGACGGAGCAGUCACUCAAGAAGAAGGAAGAAGGAGGAUUUACAGAUGAUAAUGACAUUUCUAAUCUGCUUUGGGAACCUGUAUACGCUUCUACUUAUUCUCCUGCUCUACCUGCUGCCCAUAAAUACCUGUCUUUUGUAUCUAUUAAUCAGCGGGUCACAGAAAGUCGAGAGAGCCAGAUGACUAUCGAAGAGAGAAAGCAUCUCAUCACCGUGAGAGAGGACGCCUGGAAGACCAGGGGCAAAGGAGCAGCCAACGACUCCACCCAGUUUACCGUGGCCGGCAGGAUGGUGAAGCGAGGUCUGGCGUCCCCCACUGCCAUCACCCCGGUAGCAUCCCCUGUUUGCAACAAAGCAAGGGGCACUACACCAGUUUCCAGACCCCUGGAAGAUAUCGAAGCCAGACCAGACAUGCAGUUAGAGUCGGACCUCAAGCUGGACAGGCUGGAAACCUUCCUAAGAAGGCUGAAUAACAAAGUUGGUGGGAUGCAAGAAACAGUGCUUACUGUCACUGGGAAAUCGGUGAAAGAGGUGAUGAAGCCGGACGAUGACGAAACCUUUGCCAAGUUUUACCGCAGCGUGGACUCCUCUCUACCGAGAAGCCCCGUGGAGCUGGACGAGGAUUUCGAUGUCAUUUUUGAUCCUUAUGCCCCCAAGUUGACAUCCUCGGUGGCUGAGCACAAGCGUGCUGUGCGGCCCAAGCGCCGGGUCCAGGCUUCCAAAAACCCCCUGAAGAUGCUGGCUGCGAGGGAAGAUCUCCUGCAGGAGUACACUGAGCAGAGACUGAACGUGGCCUUUGUGGAGUCAAAGCGGAUGAAAGUCGAAAAGUUGUCCGCCAACUCCAGCUUCUCAGAAGUCACCCUGGCAGGGUUAGCCAGCAAAGAAAACUUUAGCAACGUCAGCCUGCGGAGCGUCAACCUGACGGAACAGAAUUCCAACAACAGCGCGGUGCCCUACAAGAAGCUGAUGCUGCUGCAGAUCAAAGGAAGAAGACACGUGCAGACGCGGCUGGUGGAGCCUCGCGCCCCCUCCCUCAACAGCGGGGACUGCUUCCUCCUGCUCUCGCCCCAUCACUGCUUCCUGUGGGUCGGAGAGUUUGCCAACGUGAUCGAGAAGGCGAAGGCCUCAGAACUCGCGAGUUUAAUUCAGACCAAGAGGGAACUUGGUUGUAGAGCAACUUAUAUCCAGACUGUUGAAGAAGGAAUUAAUACACACACACAUGCAGCCAAAGACUUCUGGAAGCUUCUGGGCGGCCAAGCCAGUUACCAAUCCGCCGGAGACCCAAAGGAGGAUGAGCUCUAUGAAACGGCCAUAAUAGAAACCAACUGCAUUUACCGUCUGAUGGAUGACAAACUCGUUCCUGAUGAUGACUACUGGGGGAAGAUCCCAAAGUGCUCCCUCCUGCAAUCAAAAGAGGUACUGGUGUUUGAUUUUGGGAGUGAAGUUUACGUGUGGCAUGGAAAAGAAGUCACAUUAGCACAACGGAAAAUCGCCUUUCAGCUGGCAAAGCACUUGUGGAAUGGAACCUUUGACUACGAGAAUUGUGACAUCAACCCGCUGGAUCCUGGGGAAUGCAAUCCCCUCAUUCCCAGGAAAGGACAGGGGCGGCCCGACUGGGCAAUAUUUGGGAGACUUACAGAACACAAUGAGACGAUCUUGUUCAAAGAGAAAUUCCUUGAUUGGACAGAACUGAAGAGACCUAACGAGAAGACCGCCAGCGAACUCGCGCAGCACAAGGAUGAUGCCCGGGCAGAGGUCAAGCCUUACGACGUGACGCGGAUGGUGCCGGUGCCCCAGACGACAGCCGGCACCGUGCUGGAUGGGGUCAACGUGGGCCGAGGCUACGGGCUGGUGGAAGGGGACGACCGGAGGCAGUUCGAGAUCGCCAGCGUCUCAGUGGACGUCUGGCACAUCCUGGAGUUCGACUACAGCAGGCUCCCCAAGCAGAGCAUCGGGCAGUUCCACGAGGGUGAUGCCUACGUGGUCAAGUGGAAGUUCAUCGUGAGCACUGCAGUGGGAAGCCGGCAGAAGGGGGAGCACUCGGUCAGGGUGGCUGGCAAAGAGAAAUGUGUCUACUUCUUCUGGCAAGGCCGCCAGUCGACCGUGAGUGAGAAGGGCACAUCAGCUCUGAUGACAGUGGAGCUGGACGAGGAAAGGGGGGCCCAGGUCCAGGUCCUGCAGGGCAAGGAGCCCCCCUGUUUCCUGCAGUGCUUCCAGGGGGGGAUGGUGGUCCACUCCGGGAGACGGGAGGAGGAGGAAGAAAACACACAGAGCGAGUGGCGGCUGUACUGUGUGCGCGGAGAGGUGCCUGUGGAGGGGAACUUGCUGGAGGUGGCCUGUCACUGCAGCAGCCUCAGGUCUAGGACGUCCAUGGUCGUCCUCAACGUCCACAAAGCCCUCAUCUACCUGUGGCACGGAUGCAAAGCCCAGGCCCACACGAAGGAGGUCGGACGGACUGCAGCCAAUAAAAUCAAGGACCAAUGUCCCCUAGAGGCCGGGCUGCACAGUAGCAGCAAAGUGACAAUUCAUGAGUGUGAUGAAGGCUCGGAGCCCCUGGGGUUCUGGGACGCUCUGGGGAGGAGAGACCGGAAAGCCUACGACUGCAUGCUUCAAGAUCCUGGAAAUUUUAACUUCACACCCCGCCUGUUCAUCCUCAGCAGCUCCUCUGGUGACUUCUCAGCCACAGAGUUCAUGUAUCCCGCCCGAGACCCCUCUGUGGUCAACUCUAUGCCCUUCCUGCAGGAAGACCUAUACAGCGCCCCACAGCCAGCACUUUUCCUUGUUGACAAUCACCACGAGGUGUACCUCUGGCAAGGCUGGUGGCCCAUCGAGAACAAGAUCACGGGCUCCGCGCGCAUCCGCUGGGCCUCGGACCGGAAGAGUGCCAUGGAGACAGUGCUGCGGUACUGCCGAGGGAAAAACCUGAAGAAGCCGCCCCCCAAGUCUUACCUCAUCCACGCUGGCCUGGAACCCCUGACCUUCACCAACAUGUUCCCCAGCUGGGAGCACAGAGAAGACAUCGCAGAGAUCACGGAGAUGGACACGGAAGUUUCAAAUCAGAUCACCCUAGUGGAGGAUGUCUUAGCCAAACUGUGUAAGACCAUUUACCCACUGGCCGACCUCCUAGCCAGGCCGCUCCCUGAGGGAGUUGACCCUCUGAAGCUGGAGAUCUAUCUCACCGAUGAGGACUUCGAGCUUGCACUAGACAUGACCCGAGACGAGUACAAUGCACUGCCCGCUUGGAAGCAGGUGAACCUGAAGAAAGCGAAAGGUCUGUUCUGAGUCAUGAGAUGCUGGAGGAACCUGGGUGGUCACUUUCAAUACUGAUGGACCAGGAAAAUGGAUGGUUUAGUGGGGGAGCCUGGUAUUUUUAAAUAUGUUUUUUCAUCUGCAUUUUUAAAACCUGAAGUGACCAGCUCUCCUGCUUGUUUGGGAGUUGUGUAUUUUGUAAAUGUUCCAGAGAACUCUCUGGGAACAUGCUUUCCACACGUCAGCAGGUGAUGUUCGUGAGGUAUCCGUGGCCCUACAUGCACUUACGCAGCAGGUCCUCAGCGGCGGCCACGGCACCGCCCUCCCGCUCCAGCUCAGCGUUGCCUAUUUUUUUGAAGCAGUUCUCUUUAUAAAGUGUUAUUUUGAUAGUUUGUGGAUUCUAAAAUAUAUAUAUAUUUAUAUAAACACCAUAUAAAUCAAAUAUGUAUUUAACAAACCAAUAUGUAUUCAUUCACUUUUAAAAUUUUUUUUUUUUGGUGUCAAAAUAAUAUUAAAAGGCAGUUGCCUCUGUUGAGUUAGUUCUGCCACCUGUGUGUAUUUUCACCCACGUUCAGAAGCGUCUCCUUUGGUGUGAAGUCUGACUCGUUCUGAGUGCUGCUUCUGGUGCUAAGAUGAACAAAGGCUCUUAAGAAUCUGUGCGAAUCCACCUUUCUACCUUAAUAUCGCCCCCAAAUGUAUAGUGCCUUGUUUUAUGUACAGUUUAUAUACAGAAAAGUUUGCUCUGCAAUUUUUGACGAUGGUUUGGAACAAUAUCUACAAUUUUACUCUAAAAUAGUAGAAAUUUCAAAAAAAAACAAAACAAAACAACAACUCUAUUUCUAAUACCUGUUGUAAACAUUAUACAUGUCAUUUGGUGAUGGAGGAAUCCAAAAUAAAAGCUUCAGAAUAAACACAACUAUGAACUGA